AGGCAUGAAUACACAAAUUGAACAGCCUCCUGCUUCCACCCUCUACAAACACAAACACUCCACCUCCAGCGAACCGACCAGAGCAGCCGCCACUCCUCCACCUUCGGCCGACCGUCCACGCUCCUCCUCCUCCUCCGACCUUGCUAGCUGCCGAAUCCAGUUUCCACCACUUUAAAUCUCUCAGUUUUUAGGUCUUGAGCCAAGCAAAAGAGAUUAGUGUAAUGGCUGAAGUACUUCAAAUGCAAGAAGCUGGACAAGCCCCAAGGAAGAGAAAAAUAGGGCACAAGAAGGGUAAAGGGAAGAAGAAAAUGAAAGUGUUUCAGGGCAGCGGACAGAAGGUCAAAAUGGAUGGAAAAACGAAAAAGCUUUUCAGAAAAAGAGCUAGAGAUUAUAAUUCAGACGAUAGUGAUGAUGAUAAUGAUGAUGUAGACGAAAAGCCGGUGAAGUUUGAAAAGAAGCAGUCGCAUAUCGAAAAUAAGGACGCUGAUGAAAAAUCUUCAGACGAAGAAAUGAACGAUGAAGAUGAAGACGAUGAUGACAAUGCUGAUGUCGGUAAUGAUGAUGUUUCUGAUGAUGAUGAAGAGGGGAUAACUGAACAUGGGAUUUUGAAGUUUUCUGAAGGAAGCACGUCUUUCAAAAAGGCGUUUAAGAAAAUAGUAAACAGAAGUGGAACAGAUGAUGUACUGGGUCCUGUAUUGUCCGCUCACAAAAAUCUUGUAGUAAAAAAGCUUGCUGAAGAAGCUGCUGAAAAGAAAGUUAAGGGCGAUGCAAAAAAAGAAAAGGCUUUGUUAAGAGAGAAAGGACAUGUAAAGCCUGAUGCUUUUUCAGUUUCACAUGAAAAACUACUCAUAGGAAUUGCUACAAAAGGAGUGGUGAAGUUAUUUAAUGCUGUUAACAAGGCUCAAACUUCACAAAAAGGUUUAAAUCCAUCAAGGUCUAAAGAUGCUAAAGUUAUUCAAAAGCGGAGGAAAGAAGCAUUCUUUUCUGAGCUGGGCAAAUCCCAAUCUGGACCAGAUGCUAAGGCGGGAACAAGUGGGAAUGCAGGUGAUGAAGAAGGUCCUGCUUGGGCUCCUUUACGCGAUAACUAUAUGCUGACAACUUCUAAAUUAAAAGAUUGGGAUAAAGCAGCUGAUGAACCUGAAGCUGCUGACGAUUUUGGAGGACAAGAAGAUAGUUCAUCUGAAGAUGAUGAUUAGUUUGCCAUAUGCUAAAAGGUCAUUUUAUUCUAGGGUUGGAACUUGUAUUCAACUUCUUUGAACAUUUGACCUAAAUUUUGGCAUGAUCAUCCGAUGACAUUUGGUUUAUUAUUUAUGAAUGGUUGUUUUGAAUUCUAGAGUC